CACAAACUUACAGAGAGACAUAGACCUAUAAGCCAUUCAUAAUCUUCUCGCUUCUUGUUCUUUAUUCUGAAGAAUUAAUGGGGAAUCUUUUCUGUUGCGUGCUUGUGAAGCAAUCAGAUGUUGCUGUCAAGGAGAGAUUUGGCAAAUUCCAAAAAGUACUGAAUCCAGGUCUCCAGUUUGUUCCCUGGGUCAUCGGUGAUUACGUCGCCGGUACACUGACCCUCCGUCUUCAGCAACUCGAUGUUCAGUGUGAAACCAAAACAAAGGACAAUGUGUUUGUGACAGUGGUUGCAUCCAUACAAUACAGAGUCUUGGUUGACAAGGCAAGUGAUGCUUUUUACCGACUCAGCAAUCCAACCACCCAAAUCAAAGCCUACGUCUUUGAUGUGAUCAGAGCAUGUGUUCCAAAGCUGAACUUGGACGAUGUGUUCGAGCAGAAGAAUGAAAUCGCCAAAUCUGUGGAAGAAGAGCUAGACAAAGCCAUGACUGCUUAUGGUUACGAGAUCCUUCAAACCCUAAUCAUCGACAUCGAGCCUGAUCAACAGGUUAAACGUGCCAUGAACGAAAUCAACGCCGCGGCGAGGAUGAGAGUGGCAGCGAGCGAAAAAGCAGAGGCUGAGAAAAUCAUUCAGAUCAAAAGAGCAGAGGGUGAAGCAGAGUCAAAGUACCUGUCGGGACUCGGAAUCGCUCGGCAGAGACAAGCGAUCGUGGAUGGUCUGAGAGACAGUGUUCUAGGGUUCGCAGGAAACGUGCCAGGGACGUCAGCCAAGGAUGUGUUGGACAUGGUGAUGAUGACUCAGUACUUUGAUACAAUGAGAGAUAUCGGAGCAACUUCUAAAGCCUCGGCCGUGUUUAUCCCUCACGGUCCCGGCGCCGUCUCUGACGUGGCAACGCAGAUUCGAAAUGGAUUAUUACAGGCCAACAAUGCCUCCUCCUCCUAAUCACUCAAGUCAAAUUGUUUUGGUCGUCUCUUUUAAUACUUUUGUAUCUUUUUUAUUAAAAAGGUAAAUAUAUAAUGGUGUGCUGAUUGUGAUUUGUCAUUAUGUAUUUAUGUUUGUACCUAUCUCUUCUGUGAGUUGUGUAUCUUUUAAAAGUCAAUAUAAAUUUCAGUUUGCG